GUCCCCUUAACUCGGGAGUGUUACGCGAUCCGUGCUCACCGAGUAGGUUUGCAGUCAAGGGGUCUGUCCGACUGUAUUUUUGCGGAGCCUCUCCAAUAUAUGACCGCCUUGGGGAGUAACUGUGGUCUAGCCAUGGUAUGGGACGCUGCUGUGGUGGUCGCUUCUUUCGUCCAAAUAUCCUCGGGUCCGCCGCGCCUGUCUUACCGGGUAAGGUGGACGAUUAUGAAUAUGUUAUGAUUUCUCCCGACAAUGUCUCGGAACUCGUGGCUGGAGAGUAUAAACCCACCAAACUUACGGAGGACGAAUUGUUGAAAUCGGACGACGAGAUCGUUGCCGAUUCCAAUACCGGUUGUACCAGUCACAGUACACCGGCGUCUAAUCCAAUCCAACCAACAACCAAAAAAAUCGACGGCACUCCGUCUACCAGUCAAAGUAGACCGAGUGCCAACCGCACGCCAACGCUUAAAACUGCCAGUCUAAGCAGUAAGGGCAAUACAAAAUCUCGGAAAAAAACGGCCAACAUGGCACGCAAAAAUCGUUACCAGCGAGCGCUUUUUAUGCUAAAGAAAAUUGAGGGCAAUAAAAAAGAAGGCAAGGUCCAUGAACGAGACGAAGCCGACGCUGUUAAAUACCGCGCCAUUGUGGAGGAGUAUCUUCAUGAUGAAGGUCUGCGCCAGUCUGUUAUCACCGGCAAGAACGUCGGAGAUGGCGGCAAGCGUAACAGAUCUCAGGAAGAUCCCGGCAAGGAGGCGAAGCGGCACAAAGAUGGAACGGGGGAUGGAAAGCUAAUGUCAAGACCGGCACAAGCUUCUCGUCCCUUCAGUGAAGUGGCGAGAGACCAUCUCAGUGUGGCCUUGAUCGACGAACACAACUCUAACGGCAAGCUGCUGAUGGAGAGGUGGGCGCUGAUUGAGACCAAACUGUCCGAAUUGGUUAUGGCUGAGCUCAUGACUAAUCCGGGGUCCGUUCCUUCUUUUGACUGCGCAGAUAUCGUCCGUGGUCACCGAGUGAUCAGAUGCGACGACGAGUAUUCGCGGAGUUUUCUCAGCAAGGCGAUCACUAAGAUUAGUGAGAACUGGGACGGUUUAAAGCUCAAACUUGUCCCUGCGGCGGAAAUUCCAUCGAGGCCUCGAGCGCGCGUAUGGUUACCCAAAAACCUUGGUCCUCCUGACCUUAUUCUGCAGCAGCUAAAGCUACAAAAUCCAGAAAUCCUGAUGGAAGACUGGUCGGUUCUCAAGACCGAAGAACCGCAAAAACACAGCCAAUCGUACUUACUUCUUAUCAACGAAGAAUGCUUGCCAGUCAUUGAGGCUAAUGACUGCAAGCUGCGUUACGGCAUCCGGAAGGCAAAAAUUAAAAUCUUUAAAAACGCGCCACCGGAUAAUAUUCUGGAUGAGGUUGAGGGCACUAGUAAGCUGCUAGAUGACCUCAUCAUCGAUAGCAAACCUUGUUGAUGUAUUAAUGGCCAAGGUCGUGCAGAUAAACCUGAAACACUCUAAAUGUGCCACGGAUAAUCUGGCUGUCUUACUCAGGGAGGAGGACAUCGACCUUGCCAUCAUCCAAGAGCCCUGGGUUCAUAGCUCAUGUGUCAAAGGGCUCAACAUCAAUGGGUAUAAUCUUUUUUAUGACAAAGGACAGGUUCUUUAGAUAUAACCACCAUCCGGAUAGAGCGGAAGCUAAAACCUGCGAUUUUGGUAACAUCCGCCUACAUGCCACACGACGAUGAGGCACCUCCAGAAGGGGUACUACUAGUCCAAAAUUUCGCGCAGACCGAGAAGCUAGCCUUGCUGAUGGGUUGUGAUGCCAAUGCCCGGCACUCCUUGUGGGGAAGCUCGGAAAUUAACGAUAGAGGUGAGUCUCUUUUUGAUUUUAUAUUAAAAUGUAAUCUAGAAGUAUGUAAUAAGGGUAACACUCCCACCUUCAUUUUUCCGAGUACGGAUGAUCGUGUAGGCUGGGAAGAGGUUUUAGAUAUUACCCUUUGUUCGACUUCGUGCUCUUUAACGAUCAAUGAUUGGAGAGUUUCAACCAGGAACUCCUUCUCUGAUCAUAGAUAUAUCAUGUUUGUGAUGAAUAUUCCCAUGGUAGCUAAGCAAUCUCACCGUAAUCCCAGGAAGACAAACUGGGAUACUUUCAGGUCAUUGCUCAAUAGAAAAAUCAACAUAGCCCCCGCUCCAAUUAACUCGAUUAGGGAAUUGGAGUGCAGGGUCAACUCUUUGACAAAUAAUAUUAUUUCUUCCUUUGAAGCAUCAUGUCCUCGCUCGUAUGCGAAGAAGUGUAGGCCACCAUGGUGGAACGAGAAGCUCU